AUGGGAGCUGAGGUCCUGGUCCCAGGCAUGAUGACCUGUUCCCUGAAGCACCUGCUGGAGAAACCCGGAGAGAUGGUCCAGCAGUCUCUGGCUAAGCUAACCAUACAAUUCAGUAACCUUGGCCUUGUCUCUGUUGUGGGAAAGAAGGCUGUGGCAGCCACAUGUGAAAUGUAUAAUCUUGUCAUGAGAGUGGUUUCCAUCUUCCUGUCCCAUUGUGGCAACUGCUCCUGGCACAUCUUGUCCUCAGUUACAGGUAUAAUUGCACGGGAUAAGAUGGCCGCUGUACUACGGUGCUUCACAGAAACAACCAAGACCUUCAACCAACUGGGCUUCAACAGCACCUUCUUCCAGUUGAAGCCUGUGGUCCAGGCGGUGGUGACCUAUCUGGGAAAGAUUUACCAAAGCAAAAUGGCUGCUGCCGUCAAGUGCCAGCUACCCCUGGCUGAUGAUUAUUCCUCUGAGCUUCGUGAGGAGGAAGAGUUUUGUGGGAAGAUCGAGGCACCCAUCAUUUUUGAGGAAGUCCCCAGUGAGCUCCUGGGGAAGGUGGUGGACUCAGAGCAGAAAACAAAUCUGUCUGACCUCUCUUGCUGUCACAGGCCUAUCCUGGCCAAACAGCUGAAAGAAGAGCUUGCUGCAGCUGAAUACAUCAUUUAUUAUGAUGUUCCUGAUGAACUCCUGGAGAAGACAGAGAAGAAGUUGGUGGAAAAGGGAUCCCUGGCUGCUGUCUCUGAACGUCUUUCCCUGGCCUUACUGCCUCCUGAAGCCAUACAGCUUGUGGCAACUGGACACAUCACUGAUGUCCGUACCGAAAAAGCUCUGGUGAAGGCUGAAGCCAAGGAGUUGGUUAUGGACGGCCUGAAAACUGCAGCUUGCAAAGUUGUGGAGGAUCUCAUAGCAGCAGCCAAUGAGAUGGUUGGCAUGGAUGCUCCCCUUGAUACUGAGAUCUCUCAGACCGAGAAGGUUGCCCUCAUCACUGGCAAGGCUAAGUCUCAGGUUACAACUGAAAAUGUUCCUGAUGACCUCCUGGAGAAGACAGAGAAAAAGUCUGAGGAGAAGGCUGCUGUCUCUGAAAGUCUUUCCCUGGCCUUACCUCCUCCUGAAGCCAUACAGCUUGUGGCAACUGGACACAUCGCUGAUGUCCGUGCUGAAAAAGCCUUUAUGAAGGCUGAAGCCAAGGGGCUGGUGAUGGACAGCCUGAAGACUGCAGCUUCCAAAGUUGUGGAGGACCUUAUAGCAGCUGUAGUAGAGAAGGUUCACAUGACCACUCCCCUGGAUACCCAGAUCUCUCAGACACGGAAGGUGGCCCUCAUCAAUGGGAAGUCUGAGAUUGCUGCAGAGGAUGUUCUUAAUGAACUCAUGGAGAAGGUUGUGAAAGAGUCUGAGAAGAGGAGAUCCCUGGCCCUGAUCUCUGUCUCUGACUGCCCCCCCUUGGCCACUCAGCUUCCUCAGCUCACCGAUCUUGUUCCUGAGCAGUGCAGUGGAGAGGAUGCAAAGUGUGCUGCACAUGAAGACAAACAGGUGAAGAAGAAGAAGGAGAAGAAGAAGAAGGGAAUCCGUGCAUUCUUCAGAGGGCUUUGGAAGAGGAUGAUAUGUUCCUCUGGAAUCCCCAAGGAUGACUGAGGCCC